GGAGACUCUGAUGAUGAAUUUUGACCAGAAGGCAGUGAAAUUCCUGGCAAAUUUUUACAUCAAUGGAGGCAAACACUGGACCCAUGGCCACCUGAGGCAGACACAACCAGAGCCCACCCAGCCCAAGGCAUCUGUGCUGUUGUUGGGCCCGGAGCCGGGGAUGGCCUGGGAUGAGACACAGCCCCCAAAGAUGAAGGAGGUCCCAGUUGGCCUCAGGUUACAGACGGGCACCCCCCAGGAGUCCCUGCCCACCUACACCCAGACCCUGAGGGAACUGUUGCUGGAGCAACGCCCCCCGAUCACAGCUGACCUGGAAGUCCCCAGCCCCACCAGGUACCAGGUGCCGAGCCCGUCCGUACGAGAGUCCUCCCCACACCCCCACUACAGCAUCGGCUGCAAGCACCAGGGCCGAGAGGGCGGUGGCCGCAGGGCAUGGCAGACUUUGUGGUUCCAGAGUGAAAGCCCCUUCACGCAGAAAGCUGACUUCGACCAAGAGCAAAAGUGGCCCUCGCCAGCCCACUACCAGCUGCUCAGCCGGCCCGCCUUCCCCGCCUUCAGCUUCAGAGGCCGCCACUCCGCUUCCAAGACACCUGAAGGCCACACCCACCUAGGGCUGCCUGGGGCUAGGAGGCUGGGCCUCAGGGUGCAGCCCCAGUCCCUGCUUCAGGCCUCUUUGCAGGCACCUGGCAAGAGACGCCCUGGCCCCAACACCUACAAUAUCCUUCCUGGGAGCCGCCUGCAGAGCCCCCGCUCGCCGGCCUUCUCGAUGAGCCGCUCCCCUGCGUUCACCUCCUGGCUCAGCGCCUCCCAAACCCCUGGCCCAGCCGCCUACCACGUGGAGGACUGCUACAACUCACGCUUCCCCUCGGCGCCUGGCGUGGUCAUCCAGAGUGUGCGCAGACCCAAGCGCCACGACACAGGCCCCUUCUGCACGCUCUAGAGCCAGCUGGGCACAACCUGCUUGGCCCGGCCACCGAGUGGAACCAUGGCCUCCCCCGGGGCUUUCCCAGGCCUCCCCUGGGACUCGGGGCCCCAGCCUGGCCUUCUGACCCUCUGGGCUCCCCGAUGCACCCUUCUGGCUGGCCAACCCUUCUAUGGGCUGUGGACAAGGCUGGCCCAGCCUGGAUCCCCCAUCUGCCCAUCUUCCUGCUACACAGAGACACUGUUGGUUCUCCCGA